GUGCAUUGCACAGAAGAUGGGGCUGCCCAUCCACCUGGUCGUGGCAGUGAACCACAAUGACAUCAUCCACAGGACUGUCCAGAGUGGAGACUUCUCUCUGUCUGAAGCUGUCAAACCAACCUUGGCAUCAGCUAUGGACAUUCAGGUACCAUACAACAUGGAGAGAAUCUUCUGGCUGCUUUCUGGCUCCAACAGCCAGGAGACAAAAGCCCUCAUGGAGCAGUUUGAAAGAACCCAAAGUCUGCAUCUACCCAAGGAACUGCACAGCAAGCUUUCAGAGGCAGUAACAUCUGAGUCAGUAUCAGAUGACGCCAUCACGCGGACCAUGGCCCGCUGCUGGGAUGAGAACAAGUACCUGUUGUGUCCUCACUCUGCUGUGGCUGUGAGUUACCAUUACCAGCAGACAGACAAGCAGCAGCCCAG